UAGUUCCGUGCCCAGGGGCAGUCCGGCUCGCGUACUUCCGUGUCCCGCCAUCGUCGCCUGGUGCGUGGUGGCGUCUUGCUCUGUUGCCCAGUCUGGAGUGCAGUGGCACAAUUUUGGCUCACUGCAACUUCUGCCUCCCGGGUUCCAGCGAUUCUCCUGUCUCAGCUUCCGAGUCACUGGGAUUACAGGCAUACGCUACCAUGCCCAGGGGUUUCACCAUGACCAGACCUCAUCUCCGAAGACAGUGACAUUCUAAGGUACUAGGGGUUAGGAUGUCAACAUACGAAUAUGGGAGACAAGGAAUAAUUCAGCCUGGAACAGCUCCAAGUCACAAAUUUGAUUUGCCUCUGCAACUUGACUCUCCUCUAGGAAGAGUACUCCAGAGAGCAGGGAUAUGGCACCAGGACUCCUGACAACCAGGAAGGAGACUCUUCCAAGCUUACAGCUGGAGCUCCUGGAAGCUAUUUCAUACUCUGGUGCAAGGGCAAAGAAACACAACACAAAAAGGAGCAUUGAUGGCCUUCUGGGAUGUGGCUGUGGCCUUCACCCAGAAGGAGUGGAAGCUAUUGAGUUCUGCUCAGAGGACCCUGUACAGGGAGGUGAUGCUGGAGAACUACAGCCAUCUGGUCUCCCUGGGAAUUGCAUUUUCCAAACCAAAACUCAUCGAACAGCUGGAGCAAGGCGACGAACCUUGGAGAGAGGAGAACGAACAUCUUCUGGACCUUUGUCCAGCAGAGCCUAGAACAGAAUUCCAGCCAAGUUUUCUCCACCUGGUGGCCUUUUCUAGCUCGCAGCUCCUCAGACAAUAUGCGCUAAGUGGCCAUCCCACACAGAUCUUCCCAAGCUCAUCUGCAGGAAGUGACUUCCAACUAGAAGCUCCAAGAUGCUCUAGUGAAAAAGGAGAAAGUGGAGAGACAGAAGGCCCCGACAGCUCAUUAAGAAAGAGGCCAAGCAGAAUUUCUAGGACAUUCUUCAGCCCACAUCAAGGUGACCCAGUAGAAUGGGUAGAAGGGAACAGAGAAGGAGGAACAGACCUUCGCCUGGCCCAAAGGAUGAGUCUUCGGGGGUCAGACACAAUGUUGAAGGGAGUAGACACUUCAGAAUCUGGAGCAGUCAUACGUGGAAACUAUAGACUGGGACUUAGCAAAAAGUCAAGCCUGUUCAGCCACCAGAAGCAUCAUGUGUGCCCUGAAUGCGGGAGAGGCUUUUGCCAGAGAUCAGACCUUAUCAAGCACCAGAGGACACACACCGGGGAGAAGCCAUACCUGUGUCCUGAGUGUGGGCGUCGGUUUAGCCAGAAGGCCUCCCUCUCCAUACACCAGAGGAAGCACUCGGGGGAGAAGCCGUAUGUGUGCAGGGAAUGUGGGCGACACUUCAGGUAUACAUCCUCUCUCACUAAUCACAAGAGGAUUCACUCUGGGGAGAGGCCCUUUGUAUGUCAGGAGUGUGGGCGAGGCUUUCGCCAGAAGAUAGCCCUCAUUCUACACCAGAGGACGCACUUGGAGGAGAAGCCCUUCGUGUGUCCUCAGUGUGGGAGAGGCUUUUGCCAGAAGGCAUCACUCCUCCAGCACCAGAGCUCACACACAGGGGAGAGGCCCUUCCUGUGCCUUGAGUGUGGGCGUGGCUUCAGGCAGCAGUCACUCCUCCUUAGUCACCAGGUCACACACUCAGGAGAGAAGCCUUAUGUCUGUGCUGAGUGUGGGCACAGCUUUCGCCAGAAGGUCACUCUCAUCAGGCACCAGAGGACACACACAGGGGAGAAGCCUUACCUGUGCCCCCAGUGUGGGCGGGGUUUUAGCCAGAAGGUCACCCUCAUUGGACACCAGAGGACACACACAGGGGAGAAGCCCUACCUGUGCCCUGAUUGUGGGCGUGGCUUUGGUCAGAAGGUCACCCUCAUCAGACACCAGAGGACACACACAGGGGAGAAGCCUUAUCUGUGCCCCAAGUGUGGGCGUGCAUUUGGCUUUAAGUCGCUCCUCACCCGACACCAGAGGACACACUCAGAGGAGGAGCUUUAUGUAGACAGGGUGUGUGGACAAGGACUUGGCCAGAAGUCACACCUUAUCUCUGACCAAAGGACACACUCAGGAGAGAAGCCCUGCAUUUGCGAUGAAUGUGGGCGCGGCUUUGGCUUUAAGUCUGCCCUCAUCCGACAUCAGCGGACCCAUUCUGGGGAGAAGCCCUAUGUCUGCAGGGAGUGUGGGCGUGGCUUUAGCCAGAAGUCUCACUUGCAUAGACACAGGAGGACCAAGUCUGGUCAUCAGCUCCUACCCAAAGAGGUCUUCUGACCUUUCCUUUCCCCGUGAGUGUGAAGCUGGCAGAAAUCACUAGUAAAUGCUUCAGUUUCCUGAAAUGGAAUGGGAAAAAAAAAAUGUUGCUUUCUUUCAUCGAUCAUGAGAUAGUUGAUUUUUGGUUUACUUUCUAUAUUCACAAUUUGUCUUGGCUUGCUAGGGGUUCCAUAACAAAGUACCCCAGGCUGGGUGAUUUUGACAAUGGAAAUAUAUUUUCAUAUGGAGGCUGGAAGUCCCAGAUGAACGUAUUGGUAGGUUUGGCUGCUGCUAAAGCCUCUCUGUUUGGCUUGCGGAUGGCUGCUUUCUGGCCACGUCCUCACGUGGGCUUUUUUCUGUGUGUAUGCUUUCCUGGUGUGGCUUCCUCCUCUUCUAGGGACACCAGUCAUUUUGGAUAGAGCCACAGCCACAUGGCCUCAUUUAACCUUAAUAACCUUCUUAAAGGCCCUAUCUCUAGAUACAGUCACACUACACGGUUGGGACUUCAACAUAUGAAUUUUUGGGAAACCCAAUUUAGUCUAUAACAUUCCACUACCAAAGUUCAGGUCCCUCAGACAUUCAAAAUACAUUCACAUGAUCCCAACAGUCCCAAAAUUCUUUACCCAUUUCAAUUUCAACUCUAAAUCCAAAAUCUCAUUUAAAUAUCAUCUAAAUCAAGUGUGAAUGAGACUUUAGGUACAAUUCAUCCUUAGGCAAAAUUCUCCAGGUGUGAUCCUGUGAAACCAGACAGAUUAUCUGCUUCCACAAUAUUCUACAAUGGUGGGACAAGCAGAGGCUGGACUUCCCCAUUCCAAAGGAGAGACAUGAGAAAGAAAUGAAGCAUGAUGGAUCCCAAGCAAGUCUCAAACCUGGCAAGGCAACUUCCAUUAGAUUUUAAGUCUCGAGAAUAAUCCCCUUUGGCUCAGUGCUCUGCCUUCUGGGCCAACUGGAUUGGCAGCCCUGCUUUUUAGGCUCACGGGAGCUGCAGUGUCGCUCCCUUGGCCCUUGGCAGCGGCUCCUGGCCCACUGAAAUUGAGGAGGAGACACACUUGCCCUCUAGACCUGUACUCUCUGGGCCCAUUAGAACCUUUGAGAAUCACAUUCUUCCCUUUUCUUGAUUAACGUACGUUUGCAACUGGAUAGCUCUAUUGUACCUUCCUGUAGAAUCCCAGAAGUCUAACAGCCUGCCUUCAUUUUUGUCCUGUCUCUUUCUCUAUUCAGUUCAAGCUGGCAGCAUUUCUGGUGAGAUGGUUAAUUGGUUCCAUUCAGACCUAUACUAAUCUCUUUAUCACAUGGUUGUCCAGCCACACCCUAGUGUUCUUUCAAGAACAUACUUUCUCAUUUUUUGCAAUGCGGACAGGCUGAGAAUUUUCCAAAUCUUUAAGUACUGGUUCUUUUUUGCUUAACAGUUCCUUCAAUUUAUCUUUCUCCUCUAAUAUUUUACUAUAAGCAGCAAGGAGAAAACAGACUCCACUUGCAUCACUUUGUGUAGAAAUAUCACCUGAAUAUUCUGCACUGCCUCACUCACAAUUUCUAUACUCCACAAAACACUAGAACGCAAUUUGGGCAAGUCCUUUGCAAGGAUUCCAGUUUCCCAUUACCCAUUCCUCAUUUCUGUCUGAGAACUCACCACAAUCACCUUAAAAUUUAAAAAAAAAAAAAAAAACCACACAUUUUGUAGAUACGGGUUUUUGCUGUGUUGCUUAGGCUGGUCUCAUACACCUGGCCUCAAAUGAUCCUCCUGCUUUGCCCUCUCAAAGUGUGAGCCACCACACCCAGCCCAGAACCUUUUAACAUCUACAUUCCUACCAACAGUGUUUUAAAGGUCAUCCAGGCUUUUCCUAACAUGUGCCUCAGAACUCUUGUAGCUUCUUUCUACCGAGUACCCAGUUCCAAGCCACUUCCACAUUUUAGGUUACAAAGCAUCCCAAUCACAGUACCAAAAUCUAUAUUAAUAUGCUAGGGCUAACAUAAGAAAACACCAGACUGGGUGCCUUAAGCAAUAGAAUAUUUAUCUUCUCACAGUUCAGGAAACUGGAAGUCCUAGAAUGAGGUGUUGGCAGGUUUGGUUUCUACUAAGGCCUCUCUCCUUGGCCUGCAGAUGGCUGCCUUCCCUCUGUGGUGUCACAUAGCUUAUUCUUUGUACACACACUUUCCUGCUGUCUCUCGUUAAAAGGACACCAGUGAUACUGGAUUAGGGCAACACCCUAAAGAACUCGUUUUAACCUUAAUUACAACUUUAAAUGUCCUGUAUGCGAAAACAGUCACACUGGGGAUUAGGGAUUCAACAUAUGAAUUUGGGUGGGGAGGGACACAAUUUAGUCCAUAACACUCUGCCUUCUGGACUUCCAAAAUUCGUAUCUAGCCGUGAGCGCCUGCCAUAAGAGUGCUCUCUUGAAUUCCUUUCCUUUCUCCAUAAGUGUGAAGAUGGCAGAAAUCAAUAACAGAUGUUCCACUUUCCUGAUAUGGAAUGGAGGAAAAAGAGUUGCUUUCCUUCAUUGAUCAUGAGAUAGUUGGUUUAUGCUUUACUUUCUGCACAGUGGUCCUUUGUAUUUUAUGGUCUUUUGUUUUAAUAAACUGCUUCUCUACAAAGCUGCA